CUUAAACCCAAAGAAAAACCAGAAGAACCAUAAUUCCUAGUAUGCUUCCACCAUAGAAACUAGAGUGCUUGUGUUGGUGCUGUUCUCCAAUCUACAGACUCAAUGGAAGAAGGUCCUCUCUGUUCUCUCUUUAGUAGUUUGGUCUUACCAUUGGAAGCUGUAAUGGAACCAAGAUGGAAGGGGAAGAAUGCAGAAACUAAAGCUCUUGCCGAUCCUAAGUCAAAAAUAGUAGAACGGCUUCAAUCUUCUCUAUGUAAAUCAGACGCACAAGGGUUUCUCUUAGAUUCUGUUGUGCUUCUCCCAGUUGGCCAUGAACAGAUUGAAGUUAUUGAACUACUGAAUCGUUCUUUUUUCGGAAGACCUAGACCUAAUUCAUAUGAACAUAAACAAUGGUAUGAGCUAGACUUUGAGGAAGCUUUUUAUUUGUGCUCUUCUCUUGAAUGCCUUAAGAUUAUGGAUGAAAAUAAGUGUCUGGUAGUUAAUAAUGAUCUAUGGAAAUACAUGAAGUCAAAGAGUAAAGCAUUUCCUGAGUCCUACAUUGCAUAUUCUCAUCUUCGAAAUAAAGACUGGGUAGUAAAAGAUGGGUCAAAGUACGGUGCAGAUUUUGUGGCUUACCGCCAUCACCCAUCUCUGGUUCAUUCUGAAUUUGCUGUCAUUCUUGAAUUCGACAAGAGUCAUAGGUUACGGGUAUUGUCAGAUGUUAAAUGUGCGGUUCGUAUUUGUGCUAGUGUAGCUAAAACCUUAUUGGUUUUGAGGAUUAACACCAAAGAUUGUGAUUUCGUAUCUCCUCCAGAAUUGGAUCUUUACAAAGUUGAAGAGAUGAUUCCAGAGCAGCACCUACACAUUAGAAAAAGGUUGAUUUCAACACAAGAGAUCCCAACACUUCCUACCAAAGACAUUAGUACUGUUUCAGUGCCUGCCUCUUCAAUCUCCAGGAUCCAACCUAAAAAAGCUCCUCUCUCUCUGUCUGUCGCUGAAUCUUUUAUCCUGAGUGAAGUGCAAUUUUUGGGAGAACGGGACCAAGAUGGAAGGGAAAGAAGAGUGCAGAAGCUAAAGCUCUUGCUGAUCCUAUGUCAAAAAUAGUUGAACAGCUUCAAUCCUCUCUUCUUAAAUUGGAAACACAGGGGUUUCUCUUAAAUUCUGCUGUGCUUCUCUCAGUUGAUGUUGAACAAAUUGAACUGCUGGAGCGUUCUUGUUUCGGACAACCUAUAAGCUCCGAGGAAGCUUUGAGGAAGCUUUUAAUUUCCGCAGAUGAAGAUAAACAAUGGUAUGAGCUAAGCUUUGAGGAAGCUUUUUAUUUGUGCUAUUCUCUUGAAUGCGUUCGGAUUAGGGAUGAAAAUAAGUGUUUGGUGUCCAGUAAUGAUGUAUGGCAAUACAUGAAGUCAAAGAGAAGAGCAUUUCCUGAGUUCUACAUUGCGUAUUCUCAUCUCCGAAAGAAAAACUGGGUAGUAAGAUCUGGGUUACAGUAUGGUGCAGAUUUUGUGGCCUACCGCCAUCACCCAUCUCUGGUUCAUUCUGAAUUUGUUGUC